AUGAACAUCGCUUGUCAGCACUCAAGAAGUGUCCGAAUUAGUCCAGAGCAUAGCAUUACAGAUCUUGAAUACGCUGAUGACGUAGAUAAUGACAAAAGUGAUAAUCUCGAGUGUCCGUCAUGCGAUUCAGGUGAUUCUGGUUUCUCAUCCGAUGACAAUAACUGCUAUCAGGAGCUUUUUGAACGUAACAAACUAGUGAGAAGUAAAUCACUGCGUUCAGCUCUAAGGAUGCCAACACGUAAUCGUAGUCAAAAAUCUGUGCGGUUUGCUGAUGUAAUUGGCUUGAACCUAGUCCAACAAAGUUAUUACGAAAAAGAUGAUAUGGAGGAUUUAAAGUAA